ACUGUGCGCAUGCGCGCUCCCGCCGGGCACUGCGAUGGCGACGCGGGGCCGCGGUCGGCGCCGUGCGGCGGUUGGGGUCGCGCGUGAUGGCGGCGCGGGGCGGGUGGAGGAGCAGCAGCAGCAGCAGGAGGAGGAGCCGCCCCGCGUUUGCCACAGGGUGACCCGGUUCUGCCCGCAGUGCGGGGGCGGCGUGGAGCCCACCUUCAGGUUCUGCCCGGCCUGCGGCGACAGACUGCCGGCACCGCCGCCACCGAGGGACGCGGCCGGCCCGCCGCUGCAGCAGGCCCCGAGCCCCGCGGCCGCCGCUGGGGGUGUGCGGAGCGAGCCCUGGCCCGGGCUUUCCUCGCCGGCCGCCCGCACCCCGCCCCGCCCGCCGUGUGCCGCGGCGCGGCGCGGUUCCUCCUCGCCCCGCAAGGCCCGGCCCGGCCCCGCGGAGCCGCUCCCGGACGGCGAGGAGCUGAGGGACCGCGGCGCCGGGCGCUGGAGGCUGCGGCGGUUGCUGGAGCAGGGAGGCUGCGGGCUGCUCUACGAAGCACAGUCAGCAUCUGGAACCUGUCCUCAAAAGCAAAGAUUCUCCCUCAAACUUGAUGUCAAAGACAGUAAGAUCUACAAUGAACAGAACUUUUUCCAGCGAGCUGCAAAGAAAGACAGAGUGGAGAAGUGGAUGAAGCUGCACUCUUUGCCUCUGCUGGGAAUCCCCAGCUGUGUUGGCUUUGGACUGCAUGCAGAUAAAUACAGGUUUUUGGUGUUCUCUGAUUUAGGGCGAUCUCUUCAGUCCAUACUGAAUGACAACUUGCACCUGAGUGAGAAGGCAGCUUUUCAGAUUGCAGUCCGGCUGCUGGACUGCCUGGAGUACCUUCAGGAAAAUGAGUAUGUGCAUGGGGACAUCACAGCUGACAACAUCUAUGUGAACCCAGCAGACCUCACGCAGGUGACCCUUGCAGGCUACUACUUCGCCUUCCGUUACUGCCCAGAAGGGAAGCAUGUGGCUAGGCGUGAAGGCAGCAGGACUCCUCAUGAGGGCACGGUAGAGUUUAUCAGCCAUGACAGCCACAAGGGAGCAGCACCAUCUCGACGGAGUGACUUGGAAUCUCUGGGCUACUGUCUUCUGAAAUGGCUCUGCGGCUUCUUGCCUUGGUCUGAGGAGCUGGACAAAGUAGAAACUGUGAUGGAAAAGAAAGAAAUGUACAAAAAUGAUGUGACAUGCCUUCUCCGGCAGUGCUUCAGCAGGCAGAGGUCAAUUCCAGAUGCCCUUCAGAGCUACCUGCAGCAAGUAAUGGCACUAGAAUAUGAGGAGAAGCCAAACUAUGAGGCCCUGCGGCAACUCUUCAAAAAGCCACUGCAGAUGCUGAAAGCUUCAGCUUAUGACUCUGUGGAUAUCAUGAUAGUGCCCUAAAUCAAGAAAACUUGCACAGGACAGCACAGUUCAGAGCUUUUUGCAUUGUGAGGCUUUUCCAAAAGAUGUGAAGCAUUUUACCUACUGUUUUAUAAUAAACUUAUUGGAAAGCA